UUUCAGGGAAAUGGAAUCCAUUUUAAAGAUCUCCGUGAGUGCUCUGGAUUCUCAUUUUAUUGCUGACCAGAGUGCCUGCUCGGCCAGCAGGGACCACAACUCAGAUGCUGACCUGGGGUGUUUGCACUUGGAUCACAAUAACCCUGCCUAUCUCUUUAGCAAUAUGUCCAAUGCCUUGGCCAACGCGGUGUGCCAGCGCUGCCAGGCGCGCUUCGCCCCCGCCGAGCGGAUCGUCAACAGCAACGGAGAGCUGUAUCAUGAGCACUGCUUUGUGUGUGCCCAGUGCUUCCGGCCAUUCCCUGAGGGGCUCUUCUAUGAGUUUGAAGGCCGGAAGUACUGCGAACAUGACUUCCAAAUGCUAUUUGCUCCAUGCUGUGGAUCCUGCGGUGAGUUUAUCAUUGGCCGCGUCAUCAAGGCCAUGAACAACAACUGGCACCCAGGGUGCUUCCGCUGUGAGCUGUGUGACGUGGAGCUGGCUGACCUGGGCUUCGUGAAGAAUGCUGGCAGGCACCUGUGCCGGCCUUGUCACAACCGAGAGAAGGCCAAGGGCCUGGGCAAGUAUGUCUGUCAGCGGUGCCAUCUGGUCAUUGAUGAGCAACCCCUUAUGUUCAAGAACGACGCCUACCACCCGGACCACUUCAGUUGCACCCACUGCGGGAAGGAGCUGACCGCAGAGGCCCGAGAGCUGAAGGGAGAGCUGUAUUGCCUGCCCUGCCAUGACAAAAUGGGCGUCCCUAUCUGUGGGGCCUGCCGCCGGCCCAUCGAAGGCCGUGUGGUCAACGCGUUGGGCAAGCAGUGGCAUGUGGAGCACUUUGUCUGCGCCAAGUGUGAGAAGCCGUUCCUGGGGCACCGGCACUAUGAGAAGAAGGGCCUGGCCUACUGUGAGACCCAUUACAACCAGCUCUUUGGGGACGUCUGCUAUAACUGCAGCCAUGUGAUUGAGGGCGAUGUGGUGUCAGCCCUCAACAAGGCCUGGUGUGUGAAUUGCUUCUCCUGUUCCACCUGCAACAGCAAGCUCACCCUGAAGAACAAGUUUGUGGAGUUCGACAUGAAGCCCGUGUGCAAGAGAUGCUACGAGAAGUUUCCAUUGGAGCUGAAGAAGCGGCUGAAGAAGCUGUCGGAGCUGGCUGCCCGCAAGGCCCACCCCAAGUCUGUGGGCCUCAACUCCGCCUGAGGGACCUCCUGCCUGCCCUCUGCCUCCAUGGCCCCCUACCUGCUAGUGACCCUGCUCCUGGUGCCCCUUCCCAUUGCUGCCUCCACUCCGCAUCUCUGCUCCCUGUCUGUGGCCUCCCCUUCCUUCCUUCUUUCCUCCCCUCUUCUUCCCCCCUCAUCUCUUCUCCUUCCCUCCCUCCCCCAUCCACCGGUUCUUCCCCUCUUCCCUCUCCUCCCCAUUCUCUUUGCUCACUAACCCCCCUUUUACCCCUAAUCCCUCAUCUCUGUCUCCUCCCCAGGCCUUUCUUCUCUCCCUUGCUAUGGGCUCCUCUCUUUCCUUCUACAAAGGCAUAGGGCAGAUGCAGGGGCCUUGAGCCUAGGACAGGCCUGUGCCCACAAGCCUUAGCUCUAGGUCCUCUGGGGACAUGGGAGCCUCAGCGCCUGGGGUCUCCUGGCCCUGGUCAUGGGCCACUGCUCCCAGCCUUGCUCGUCCUGAUCUGUCCCACUCCUGCAGGGGCACCCGGCAGCUCACGUCCUCCUGCGUGGGAGCUUGACCAGCUUCCACCCCAAGGUGGUCCCACUCUCCACAAAUGGCCCUGGGGGCCACAGCCAGGCGGCUGCUCCAGCCCUGUGACCCUGACCAUGAGGAUGGGGGCCUCUGGCGACCACCCUUUCACCCUUGGCCACAUGCUCACGCAAACAAUUAGGAUCCUUGUGCUUAAACCAUGUCGGUAAAUCUUGCCACUGUACCCCUCAAAUCAUCAGGAGGGACAAGGACUCCACCCCCACCCUUGUUGUCACUCAGGAAGCCUCCUUCCUGAAAUCCGGCCUUGGCUACUCCACUCUGGGCCAGCAGCCACUGUGGUUCCCCCAAGCCCCUCUGUGGUCCCCAUAGCACCUCAGGCUCCCUGCUCCCUCCACAAGGGCACAUGCUGAUCCUCUGGGUGCAGCUGGCCAGGGGGCAGAAGGUAGUGGGAGGCUCAUCCUCCCACUCACUUCCGGGUGGGUGGGUGGCUCAUUCCGACCCUCCAGGGAGGACACUUCCUCCGUGGCUAGCACAGGAUGUGGUGCUUGCACAAUGAAUGAAGGCUUAUUUACACGACCA